AUGGAGCCGGCCAUCAAGGCUGGAAACUUGCAGGCACCGGAGAUUGAAGAUUUCUUCAGCAAGAACAUCAUCAAAGUGAAGGGCGGGCAGGACAUAAAGAAUUGUGGUUUCGGCGGAAAGUGCAAGACCAAGGAGAAGAGGACGUCGCGAUGGCUGGAUUUCAAGACGGCCACCGACCUUCUCGGUGGGGCCUUUCGCUACAGCGCUGGUGACAUUCCGGAUUACUUGCCGCAGGUUCAGAUCAUCCGCUCCUUCGCAAAGAAGGUGACUCGAAUGGAGGAAGCCAUUCAGGAAGGCAAGACUGACGAGGUCCAGCAGCUUUUUGCCAAAUCCAAGCUGGAUUUGUCGAGGUACCUUCCGCUUGUGGAGCUGGAGCCUCUGGACUCACAGGACUACACCCACGAAUGGGACACACGACCGGAGGUGAUCUGUCAGGGCACAUUCUGCGUGUGA